AUGCUGGCUCACUUUGGAGGCAUUAACGCUGCUCAGUCGUGGUUCAGUUCAGAGCCAGUCGGGGAGAGAAGUGGCCAGAAGUCCAGAUGGAAUCCGCUGCAGGCUCUUUAUGACAGUGACCAGGUGGAGUCCGCGGUGCAGGUGCUGCAUCAGAGCCGGCGCGAGCUGCUGGAGGAGGGCUGCCGCUCGUACACUCGCAAACGCAGAGUUCUCAUCCCUGAAGACCUCAAACAUGUGAUCGUGGACGACCAGCACGGCCUGCUGUACUGCUACGUCCCCAAAGUGGCCUGUACCAACUGGAAGCGCGUGCUGAUGGUGCUGACCGGAAUGGCCGGGGCCCAACGAGACCCCCUGGCCAUCCCCGCGAACGAAGCCCACGUGUCGGGAAACCUCCGCACGCUGUCCGAGUACAGCAAGUCCCAGAUCAACCAGAGACUGCGCUCCUACCUGAAGUUCCUCUUUGUGCGGGAGCCUUUUGAGCGCCUCGUUUCGGCGUAUCGCAAUAAGUUCACGCGCAGCUACAACACUGCUUUCCACAAGCGCUACGGCACAAAGAUCGUCCAGCGGCACCGGCCGAACCCGCAGCCCGAAGCUCUGGAGAAGGGCAGCGACGUGUCCUUCGAAGAGUUUGUGUACUAUCUCGUGGACCCAGCCACGCAGCGAGAAGAGCCUUUUAACGAACACUGGGAGCGCGUACAUUCGCUGUGCCACCCAUGCCUCAUCCAUUACGACGUGGUGGGAAAGUACGAGACGCUGGAGCAGGACUCCCGCUACGUGCUGCAGCUGGCCGGAGUGGAGCAACAGGUCAGCUUCCCCACCUCCUCCAAAAGCACCAGGACUACAGGCGACAUGGCUGCGCACUUCUUCCAAAAUAUAAGUCCGUUUUACCAAAAGAAACUCUACAACCUUUAUCGCAUGGACUUCCUACUUUUUAACUACUCAAUCCCAGAGUAUUUGAAGUUCACAUAA